CGCGCCGCGGAGAUGGGAACCGGCCCUGCGCUUUAACAAGCCGUCCAGGUGCGCCGAGGCAGGAAGAGGAGGAAGGAAUGGCAGAGCGGAAUGGGGAAAGAAGGGCCUCUCGUUUAAGACUGAGUCGACGCCCCCGUGCUGCCCCUUCGCGAGCCCCCUAACAGGCUGCAGUGGGCGGCGGCGCUCAGCCGCGGGGACCCCGGCUCCCGCGCCCCGCGGCAUGAACCUCAGCAGCACGAGCAGCGCGGCCGAGAAGGCGCCCAGGGCCACGCUCUGGGGCUGUGAGCUAAACCAAGAGAAACGGACUUGGACGGUCAAAGCCCAGAAGGAGGGGAAGCAGGACUGUAAGCUGUUGCUCAGUACGAUUUGCUUGGGGGACAAAGCCAAAGAAGAGAUGAACCUCGUGGAAAUCCUGCCCCCAGCCAGCCAAGAAGACAAGAAGACCAAGCCCAUCACCAUUGCCUCGCUUCAGGCGUCUGUGCUACCCAUGGUCGUCCUGAUGGGACUGGAGCUUUCUCCUCCAGUCACUUUCCAGCUCCGGGCUGGCUCUGGACCUGUGUUCCUCAGUGGCCAGGAACUUUACGACACUGCAGACCUGUCCUGGGAGGAAGAGGAGGAGGAGGAGGAGGAGGAGGAGGAAGGUGACAGCGGUGAGGUUGAGGACGACAACGACGACGACGUAGAUGUGUCCCUAGAGGAGGAGACCCCUCUUAAACAAGUCAAGAGGCUGGCGUCCCAGAAGCAGACAAGCGUUGCCAAGAAAAAAAAGGUGGAAAAGGAAGAGGAGGCCGUGAGACCCAGGCUUAAAGAAAAGAGUCCUGUGAAAAAGGCCAAACCCACACUCAAACCUAAAAAGCCCGGAUUCAAGAAAUGAGGAGCCAGGGAUGGCCUGGCUGCAGGGACUGCGGGAGAGCCAGCUAGAGCACAUGUGGGGUGGCCUUCCUCUGCGCAUUCCCCAGGUUCCCCCAACCCAGCCUCUCUCCACCUGAGUCUGAAUGGGAUGGAGCUGCUGGGGGCGACACAAGAGGCCCUCACCUCCAACUCUCGAGUUUCAGCAGGACCUGGAGGGAAAAGCUCCAACCU